GUUCCAUCUUAAGGACAGAUGGUGGCUUGUAGGAGCAAGGGAGUGGGGGAUAGAUACGAAAUGUCUCCGCGAGAUUUUUUUGAGCCAUUGUUUUGUUUUGCCGACCUUUACUAAUAGUGUAUUCGGAGAGGUGCAAAAGAUCACGUCCCUAUUUUUCUUUUUCUUUUCAGGAAAGGAAUUGAUGGUCUUUUCAGGAAACAAGGUCGAUGGCGUGGUUGUCUGAGUCCAUCUUCAAGGUAUUCCCAUCCAUUUUAAAUGCAUCGUUGCUUCUCAUGCUCACGAUGACACCAGUGAAGGCCAAAAUUGUAGUCAAACGCUGCGAAGCCGGUUAUGUAGAAGCCGACCUAUGCAGACAGACGUGUGAGGAAGAUUGUAAAAUGUCAUGCGCACACGCCAAAACUCCGCCAAAAUCGUGCGAUCAGGUAUGUGAGGACGGCCGUUGCGAUAUGAAUUGUGUUUCCAAAGAGUCGUGUUACCAGGCCUGUGAAACACCGCUGGACUGCGGCUCAAUGCGUUGCACAACAGCCAACUGUACUCAGGUGUGUGAGGUGGGAGAGUGCAAUUUGAGCUGCAGGGCAAGUUCUCACUGUAAGCAGUUGUGUAAUGAAGGAUCGUGCAGCCUGAAAUGUCCGACUGGAGAUCACUGCCAACAGUCCUGCUGGGACGGCAACUGUCGAGCGCUGUGCAAAGCCAGGAAGUCAUGCAACCAGAACUGCGACCAGGGAAGCUGUCCAAUGAGGUGUGUCACAGACGAUUGUCGGCAAGUCUGUGAUAGCGGGGAAUGUAAGAUGAAAUGCAGAACUACUAACGAUUGUGAGCAGAGCUGCUUGCCAUUUUUCAGCGCCUGUCCAUUGAUGGACUGUUACAGUAAACAAAAGUCCUGCAAACAGCUGGGUGGAGGCAAACAAAUGAUAAUCCGAGCCAAGGAGCAGGGCUAUCAAUACUGCAGCAGUGGCAAUUGUCAGCAAAACUGUACAGCAGACUUCAGGUGUCACCAGAACUGCAAGGGUAACUGCCAUCAACAGUGCACAGCUGGUGAGAGAUGUUACCAGUCCUGCUCCAUUGAUGGCAAAUGUCAACAAACGUGCAAUUCAAGCGAGUGCUACCAGCGUUGCACAAUUGGUCAGAACUGUAACAUGACAUGCCAAGCUACAGACCUUUGCGAGCAGCAAUGUUCUGAAGGAGCUUGUCACAGCGUGUGCCACUCGACAUCAUGUACUCAACUGUGUGACUCUGGGAACUGUUCCAUGGAAUGCAAAGGGUUGAAGUGUCGACAGAAUUGCACGGCCGGAGGCUGCCAAAUGACGUGUCCCGUUAACGCAGAGAUAUGCGUGCAACACUGUGGGGCACAAAACUGCAUUGUAACAAGAGCAGCAAGAGGACACGUUUCAACCAAAAGUUCUAAGGGAGAUCAUGGAAUCCACUUCCAAAGGAAAACAACAAAAUCAAACAGCGGUGGUUGGUCUGUGGGUCGUCUAAAUGAAGACUUAAAUAUGAUGACUUUGUGCGCUAUCGCGAUUGCCUUAGCUUACUAAGUAUAACUAGCACAGAACAGCCAGGGAAGUAAUAAGAGCUGAUAGCAACUGGGAAGUCGAAGAACGAGCCGAUAGAAUAAUGUAAGACUUAGAGUGGGGAAGUCUUUUAAGAAACCGACGUAAACCCAGUCAUCUACUCGCGGGACGCAGCAGAAAUGGAAAGUCCUUUUUUCGGGCGUGUUUAAAAGUACCUCAACAGAUUUAAAGAAAUGUCCCGUCCAUAAAGGGAUGACAGUUAUUUCAGGAUUUUCUCUAUCUCGCGUACUCUUACCAUACGGUAUAUGGUCUUAUAAUCUCUUACAAUCCACCAAAUUCUGAGCGCUGUAAAGCGCACGGAAAUCAAGAUGUGCUCGGAUCGGUUUUCAGCUCCUGAUUGGUUAUGCAAAGCCACGUCUGUGCUUAAUGGUUAAAAAUAAGAUCCAAUAGGCUAUUUCCAAAUUGGCAAACUCUGUCUCAAAACGGGUCCAUGUGCGAAACAAUUCAUGUGAGAAUGUGAAAAACGCAAAUCAAACUCAUUUUCGCAUGAAAUGUUUUACACGAGGACUCGUUUUGAAGCAGAGGGACAAGGUAACUCGGAAGUGGCUCAUUAUUGCACUUGGCAAACACAAAAACAGAAACAUACCCAUAAUCACCUCCAUCGCCUUGGACAAUUGCUGGAAAACCAGUCAUGAUAUGAUUUGUAAAUUGAUGUAAAUUGACAGUGGAUAUAGACUUCCUUUUUUGUAAAGAAAUAACUUUAACUUUGGUCAGGCUUGUCAAUAGCGUAGGUCCCGUUUGGAUAAUCCUAUCCACCCAAAGAUAAUGCUCUGGUCAAACUGUGCAUGAGAUAGUCGAUGAAAGUCGAUGAAAGUCGAUGAAAGUCGCUGAUAGUAGAUGAUAGCCGAUGAUAGUUGAUGAUAGUCGAAGAUUAGUCGAUGAUGGUCGAUGACAGUCGAGAUAGUCGAU